UCAGCACCUUUUGCUUUCUACAACCCAAGGAAUAUAUUCCAUCUUAUCAUGAACUUCUACAAGAUCUUUGUCUUCGUUGCCCUUAUCCUGGCCAUCAGCGUGGGAGAAUCGGAGGCUGGUUGGCUGAAGAAGAUUGGCAAGAAAAUCGAACGCGUUGGCCAGCACACUCGGGAUGCCACCAUCCAGGGUCUGGGCGUUGCUCAACAAGCAGCCAAUGUAGCUGCCACUGCUCGAGGAUGAAGGACCUAUUGGGACCCGAACCUUAUUAUAAACAUUCAACAUUAUUUUAUUAAACUGUAUUUCUUGACCUAAGUAAAUAAACCAGCUAAAAAUUAA